UCACUCCUCGAUCAAUUCCCGUCGGUCAAGCAGAGUGUCCUUUUGGAGAUCGCCCGACACGAGUUCGAGCCGAGCGAUCUCUACAAGCUCGACUCGAAGUAUCGGGAUAAGGCAGGCCGAGGCAGCCUUCUUGAGUUGAAUGGUAAUCGCAUCACGCUGCGCGAUUCCACCACGAAGGACUACCCCACGCUACACUCGCUUUUCCCACCCCUUGUUACCUACUUCGACAUCCUCUCCGCGUUCGCGGCCUCCAGUGGAAGCACCGCCGCAGUGCUGCAGGUUUCUCGUGGCGGGCUCCGAUAUCUCUCCCAGCUGGAGGCUUUUCACGACGAAUUUCAGUGGUCUGCCGUUCUCUCCUAUCACAUGGAGUUCCAUCACGAGCGGCUUCGCGAAAUGGCACGCGGCGACUAUUCAGGCUGGGCACGCAUCGACGCAUCGCUCCAGGUUAAAUACCUCAUCGGGAAAGAACGCGCCCGCGUCUCUUCAACA